AUGGAUGAUCUGAGUUCAUGGUUACCUAUAGGCAUUAUAAUUUCAGCAAAAAUUAUCACCCACCUAAUUCUAGACCUGAUUGUAAUUCGCGGCGCAUUGUUAGAUCGCCUUAUCCUGAUCGGUCACUCCUUAGGUGGCCAAAUCACAGGAUUAGUGGGGAAAUACUUCUAUAACAUGACAGGUUUAAAGUUGCCCAGGAUUAUAGCACUAGAUCCUGCAGGACCUUUAUUCAAUCUGCGACCGGAAGAGGAAAGACUGAACAAACAUGAUGCUGAUAUUGUUGAAGUAAUUCAUACUGAUGGUCGUAUCUUGGGCUUCAAAGCCGCUACUGGGACCAUCGACUUUUUCCUAAACGGUGGAAGUGAUCAACCGGGAUGCUGGAAUAUUAAUUUUUUCAAUAUCACAACUUAUACAGAUCUAAUUUACUGUGGCCACCGCAGAGCAUACCAAUAUUUCGUGGAGGCGAUUUUAAAUCCCAGAGACUUCAUAGCAACGGAAUGUUCAGACUGGGUAUCCUACAAAGCUGGUAAAUGUGACAAAAACAAGAAAGUUUCGAUGGGAGAUAUCACAGUCAACGCACAAGGAAAUUUUUAUUUAGAAACAAUAACGUAA